AUGUUAAACCCGAACCGCAAGGCUGAACAAUUCCAUCGACAUCACAUCUUCAAUAUAAAAGCGCUUUGCAACGCAGAGGUAACGGCUCAACGUUACCGGAGAGAUAUGAAUAACAAUCAAUUCCGGAAGCUUGUAUUAGACACACCCGCGCGCCAGGCGUCCUCCGAGUCUAAACCCAAAAAUGGAGCUCAAGGGCCAUCUGCGACGCCGAGUCUGGGAAGUCGAGCGAGAAGCUCGAUACCUAUGACACCGCGCAACGUAAAAGGCUAUUCCUCAUCCAACGACUUCGCCCGCCAACUCGCCGCGCAAAACCGUCCCAAGGCGCAAUCCAAGAAGUUCCGCUCCACGACCGCGCCCAAAGGCGCCAAACUCCCAGAGGGGUAUGUUGAUCGAGCGCGCGCGCGCGGCGGCGAUGAUGCGGUGGAGGGGAGUGAGAAGUUUCAACGUGUGAAGGCGCUUGAGGAGAUGAUGAAGUUGCAGCAGAUUGAUGAGCCUACGUUUUUGAGGUUACGGGAGGAGAUUUUGGGCGAUGAUGUUAAGGAGCGCGCGGGACUGGUGAAGGGGUUGGAUUUUAGGCUGCUGGAGAGGGCGAGGAGGGGGGAGGUGGGGGUGUUGGAUGUGCUUGAGGGGAAGGGAACAGAGGAGGGAGAUGGGGAUGGAGAGGGGGAUGAGGAGAUUGAUGAUGAGUUUGAUCGGCUUGAGGAGAGGGAGGUGGAGAAGGUUGAGAGGGAGGUGGUGAAGAAGAGGGGGGAGAUGGCGCCGCCUUCGCUUACGGGGAAGAGGAAUCGUGAUCAGAUUCUUGCGGAGUUGAAAGCUGCGAGGUUAGCUGCGAAAGAGGCUGCGCAACCGAGUCUGGGUUCGAGGUUCAAGAAGGUUGGGGAUAGGCGGCCGGAAACUAGACUGGAGAAGGAUUCGAAGGGGAGGGAUGUUCUUAUUACUGUUGAUGAACAUGGGAAUGAGAAGAGGAAGGUUAGGAAAGCCGUGUUGCCGACGGAGGAAAAAGGAAGUGGGCUUCUCAUGCCAGAUAAAGAUGCCGCACCGCUGGGGAUGGAAGUUCCGGAGAUACCCAAACCAGUCGAAGAGGAGAAAGAGGAUCUAGAUAUCUUCGACGACGCAGGAGAUGAUUAUGAUCCCCUAGCUGACUUAAACGACGAUACCUCCGACGAAGAAGAGAAAGAAGACGGCGAACUCGACGACUCAGAACCAAAACCAACCUCCAAACCUACACCUACAGAUCCUACACCUACAGAUACCCAAACCAUGCCCCCACCCCCCUCAAAACCCAAAAACUACUUCAACGACCCCACACCCUCCACCUCCCUCGACCCCUCCCGCCCCGCCGCCCUCUCAGACCCAACCAUCCUCGCCGCCCUCAAAAAAGCGUCCACCCUCGCGCCCGUCGCCGACGAAGCGGCCGCCGCCAAGGAAGCGAAAAGAAAACGAAUGUUACAGCAGGAUGACCGCGAUGCGCAGGAUAUGGAUCUGGGGUUUGGGAGUUCGCGGUUUGGAGACCAGGAGGAGGGGGAGGAGGGAGAUGGGAAGAGAGUUAAGUUGAGUGAGUGGGGGAAGGAUGAUGGGGAUGAGGAGGGGGGAGGGGGGAAGAAUGGAAAGGGGGCGAGGAAAAGGGGAGGGAAGAAGAGGAAGGGGGAUAAGGAUAGUGUUAAAGAUGUUUUGGGAGUUUUGGAGAGGAGGAAGGGUGAGAAGUAG